AUGAGUGAUUAUGAUGUUUAUUUGGUUGCUGCAAAGAGGCAUGGAAGCAAAAUUUAUGGUUAUAUGCAUAUUCUUAUUGAUGAGUGGAAUAUAAAACCUCCUAGUUGGGUGAGUGCCGAUCCUUGUGACGGCUGGGAAGCUCAGGAUGAAGAAAAUGCUCACGGAAAGAAGAGGCAGUUAUUGCUUAUAAUUUUCCUUCCAAUUACUAUGAUCAUCAUCCUCAUAGCCUCUGUGGUGUGUUACCUGCAAAGAAAAUUGUUGAAGACAAAAGGGAAGAUAAUUAUGUGCAAGUUAUGUCGAUCAGAAUCAGCUUUUACUAGUGGUUCUCCAAGUCUGCAGGAAUUCAGCUUCUCCACUAUCAAAGCGGCUACAAAUACCUUCUCAAGUGAAAACUUGCUUGGAGAGGGUGGGUUUGGUCCUGUUUACAAGGGAAAAUUGCUAAAUGGACAGGAAAUAGCUGUGAAACGUCUUUCAAAAACAUCAACUCAAGGACUUGAGGAAUUCAGAAAUGAAGUUACACUCACUGCAAGACUAGAACAUGUAAAUCUAGUUCGCGUUCUUAGGUUUUGCAGUAAGAAGGAAGAGAAAAUGCUGGUCUACGAAUACAUGCCUAACAAAAGCUUGGACUUCUACCUUUUUGAUCCUUCCACAAAGCAUUUCCUAGACUGGACAAAGCGUGUGCAUGUUAUUGAAGGGGUUACUCAAGGACUCCUAUAUCUCCAAGAAUACUCUAAUUUGACAAUUAUUCACAGAGACCUAAAAGCUAGCAACAUUUUACUUGACCAUGAGAUGAAUGCUAAGAUUUCCGACUUUGGAAUGGCUAAACUUUUCAAGAAAGAUGAAGUUGAAGGAAACACAGGCCGGAUUGUUGGAACAUACGGCUAUGUUCCUCCUGAAUAUGUAAAUAAAGGUAUAUACUCCAUGAAGUACGAUGUCUACAGCUUCGGAGUUCUACUUUUGCAAAUGACCAGUGGAAGGAGGAGUACAAGCUUCUACGGUCCGAACAGAAGUUUGCACCUUUUGGAAUAUACGCUUGGAUGGAAAUUCAUUAAGUGGGCGUGUGCCUUCGAGCCUCAACAACCUUACUAA